AUGGCCACAGAUUUUGGUGUUAUCGGCCUCGGCAUCAUUGGCUUCGGCAUCGCCAGCAAUCUACGCAAGAAGAUCCCUGCCACCACAACUCUUCACGUUCUGGACCUCGACCAAAUCAUCAUCCAACGACUUAUCAAUGAGUUCGGCAGCUAUGGCAAGAUCGAAGUCGCCUCCUCACCAGAAGAUCUUGUAAACAAAGUUGGCGCUGGAGUUGUCCUUUCCAGUCUUCCUGCAGGCCCGCAUGUUCGCAAGGUCUAUCUCGACCCCGAGAACGGCGUCAUUGCAGCUACCAAGAACCCUGAGCGACUUAUCAUAGAUUGUAGUACUAUUGAGAUUGAGUUCACACAGGAGCUCGGCAAGACAAUCAUUGACGCUGGCCUUGGUAGCUUUGUCGAAGCUACCGUAUCAGGUGGCAUGUGGGGCGCUAAUGCUGGAACUUUAUCCUUCAUGGUCGGCCAUGCCGAACCAACUGAAGAUGGCAAGGUUGGUAAGCGUAUCUAUGAUACUCUGUCCCUUGUUGGUGUACCUAGCACUAUUGCUUUCUGUGGCGGCCUUGGUAUGGGUCAGGUUGCCAAGAUUGCACACAACUAUAUUACUCUCGCCAACAACUUGCCAGUGCCUGGUCUUGUCCCUGAGGCACCUUCUAGCAACAAGUACAAGAGAGCAUUCGCGCCAGCACUCAGCGUGAAGGACCUUACUAUCGGUAUGAAUGCUGCAAAAAAAGUUGGAAUUGCACCUACAGCAGGUGAAGCUGCUGUUAAGGCAUUCAAAGAAGUUGAUGCUGAUCCUCGAACCCAUGAUCUCGACCACACGUCUCUAUGGUUACAUGUUUACGGUAAUCUUGAUGAAUGGGCAAAGGAAAACCUCCAACAUCCCUCAGCUAAACUAUGA